GUCUCACUGCAAAUGUUUCCAAGUAUCAUUCUAUCUUUAUUCUACAUUUAACGAGAAAUAAAGAUAGAAUGAUGCUUCAAAACAUUUGCAGUGAAGCUUUGACUGCACAAUAAGUAAUUCAAUACGGGACUUUAAUAAUGUUGGGCGUGUAUUUUAGAUUUGCCUACGGUUAGUCAUUGGUCUCAUCGUUAUUGUUCACACAUUUUUCAAUUAACAUUCGAAUGCAAUUGAUCGUAUUUAUUUCUCAAUGUAUACGUGAAAAAAUAUACAAAACAGUAUGAGACGCUCGUCGUGCGUAGGUCUUGUUGUAACGUGCUUUUUAUUACACGCGUGGUGUGUACAUGCUCAGAAUGCUUCAAAAUGCGACAUCCCAGUUACGAUCAGAGGAUCAUGGUUUUCAUGGGAAAAUGGCAAAAACACUCGAACAGUAAUAGAUGCUGACAGUAUGAGUAGUCGGGGUACAUGUGUGAACAUGGCAGCUGAAAAUUAUUUUACUUAUACAUUUGUGUUUCGUGAUGCCAAUACUCCAGCCAAUUAUGACAGCUGCUAUCAUUGUGUGAAAUUUAUUGUUAGAACAGUGAAUGUCUUGGACAAACUUGAAGUAACUUGUGUAAACUUGCCACAUAACACAGAGCCAACAGUGAAUGCUGUCUGCAAAGGUUUAGAUGCAAACCAGCAAUAUAUAACAUUAUUCUCAGAAAAUUAUGUACCUGUAAAUUGCAGGUCUUCUCUUGAAGGAGUUUGGCAUUUUACUUAUCAAAAUCGCUUUAGAUUUACUGGAGAAUGUGAUAAUCCAGAUGCACAAAUAAAAUCUUGUCAGACUGCGGGAACACAGUUUCUGAUAAGUAAUCAAAAAUUCAACAUUACAUACAAAAAGUGUGCUGGGAUGGAAGAACACACUUUUGAUGGAGUGGUAGAAUAUAGUUGCUUGGGCGAUUGGUUUGUCGGUAAAAAUCACUUCUUUGCUGUGGCAAAUACAAAAGAAUCUCGACAGGACGAAAAGUACCGGUGUUUCUUGAGAAAUCGUGAUGAUGAUUUAUUCAUUGGAGUGUCGAUUACCGCUGAAUGUAAUACUCUUCAAACUGUUGAAAAGAGCCCCGAACGUCUGCGUAUUACUCCUGUUAAAUCCGAAGUGAUCGAACCGAGUUGCCGUCUACCCGAAGACAUGUCUGGAGACUGGAUCAACACCGCUAAUAUAGACGCGGAUGUCUUCAUUAACGAGACGCACAUUAUAGAAACUUGGUAUCCAGAUCAGGGACGUUACCGACAUACAAUUUAUGUUUGCCGCGAGCAAAGAGAUUCAAGAGUGAUGAUGGCAAGAUUGACUGUUGAUGGAUGUCAAAAAGACUACGUUUGCUUUGACUUUGUACGUCGCCAUCACAAUAUUAUCAGAUAUCGACGUGGCAUAGCUGUGAUCAAAGACGAUUUUCACACAGUUUGUUCUUGGGUCCAGUUUCCUAAUAAGGAAGCGUGGAGAUAUGAUCUGUUUUUAGCGAAAAAUCCCGUACCGGUGCGCUGUCCCGUAGCAGGCAAAUACAUGUUCCAUCAAAAAGGAGAGGUCCUUUUCGAAACUAGAAUUUUGGGCGGUGUGACUAAAUCUCCAAGACCCAACAUCUACUGUAAACAAAACAUUUCCGAUUUUUCGGUUUGCGGUACCGAUCAGAAGGAGAUUGCCAUUGAUGAAACAUAUUGUCUAUCUGUAGAUUACCUGGGAAAACCGGUUGACAUUUACAGCGAUCCUGACUAUAUUAUGAAGUGCAUCGGUUUCUGGAAGGAAAAUUUGAAGUCGUAUCUAAUAACGUAUGACGAAUUAGAUCCUUACAGCAAAUAUCGCUGUUGGGUGUAUCAACGAGCCGACUUAAACAGAGUGCUGAUGUCCCAGUCUGCUGGUGCGUUUUGUGAUCUCAGACAAGAUGUGACCAGCUCCAAUUCUUCAGAAGGUGCCGUGGUCGCGCUAGAAUUAGAGGAAUAUGAGCGCGAACGCGAUCAGUGUCCCAUGUAUUUUGACGACGGAUCCAAUCCUUGGGUUCAGACGGAGAAUUUUGUCAACGUCUUCCACUUCGGGAACAGCGGUAAUAUAAGGACCUGUUUUUCAUUGCCUUUCGUCAUAAUUCUAGCAAUAGCACGUUAUUUUUAACAUAUUAAGUCAGUUUUGCACGAAAGUUAAAUACAAUUUUACUACUUUUUAUACUAGAAUAAUGCGCGAUAAGUAUUUAAGAUCAAGACUAUCGCAUAUGCAUACAAAAUGUGUGUAUAUUUUUUAAACACUUAUUACACCAUUAUGUUAUAUAGAUUCCGUCCAUUUUUCACUACUUUCUUCCGUCCAUUUGUACAUUUACAUGAAUAAGGAAGUCAUGAACAUUGUGGUCUUUAUAGAAAAUGUUAUAUAAUUAUAGAAUAUCGCACGUACACAUAGUAUAAACUAAAGAUGUGUUACACAAAUAUUAUGUCUGAUACAUGACUAUUAGUGUAUUCCGUCCAUUUCGUAUAUAUACACUUUACGUGAGUAUACACGUAAGUCACCAACAUGAUUUCUUCUGAAUAUCAUGUUUAUUUUUACGUAAUACACACACGUAAAUGUACACACUGAUAUCAAACAAAUUGUAUUGCAGAUGAAAAGGACGAUUCUUCUCUUCUGUUUUUUUCCACGCAAUGCAAUUUACUUGUGUCAGUAAACUGUUUUUAAUUUUCUGAUUACGAAGUAAUGUGUAACAUUAAAUGUAUACUUGGGUUUUAUACAAAUUCGUAAUAUAUGUUUAUAAUAUAUUGUAUAUUUUGAUAAGUUUUAUAUAUUUACAUUUUUUGUACACAAAAGAUUAUUUACACAUGAAGACUAUAUCUUAGUCAUUUUUAAGCUUAAAAGUAUGGCUAUAGUAUACAGUGUUUAUAGGAUAAGAAAAGAAUAAUUUGACACAUUAUAUGUAACACAAUUAAGAUAUAAAUUUUUAUAUAAAUAAAACUCAAUGUUUAACUUUAAAA